ACUGUCAGAACCCUGCUACUAGAGCCUGGAUGUGGCUCUGAGUUUCAGGGUCACUGACAUUGAUAAGACACCUGCGUCCCAGGACUCGGAGGAGAAACGGCUGAUGGACUUGGCGGGGAAUUUGCGCGGGGUUUUACUGAGCGGGAAGAGACUGUUCAAAUGAGGGGGAGGGUAUAUAAAGGAGGGUUGGCCGGAGCCUCCCAUUCUUGGCUUUUCUGAUGUUCAUGUUUCCUACAGUAAAAGUUCCUGGUGAUACCACAGAGAGUCUCGUGUGUUCAUUCAGGAGCGGCUGUGGUGAGCUGACACUAAGCCAAGAAUACGGACACCAUCCCGCUGUAGCGGUGAGGUGUAACAUGCAAGUGGAGGAUGAAGAGCUCUUGGGCGCCGGAGGAGGAAGGUCGGAAAGGGCCACUCCCGAGACGGACGCUGAGUUCCACCAGCUGGCGGCCCUGGCGUCAUCCACCGCUUAUGCCCAGCCGAAUGGGGUAACCCAGAGGCGCGGAGUGGUGCGGGGAGAUAGCACCGGAGGAGAGGAAGGUUCACCUUCCCCAGGCCCGCAAAAGAUGGUGUUUCUGGAGGAGAGGAUGUCGGCGAUGGAGACCACCCUGGCAGUGAUGUCGAGGGCGAUGGAGCGCCUGGCGGUUUUGGCGGAGCCGGAGCGAGGAAGGGAACUCCGGGCUAGCUCAAUGUGGGACGUGAGCAUGGGAAGCAGCCAGGGCUUUGCAGACCUCCCAGCACCGAAGGGAAGGGAAAUGCGAAAGGAGCCCGGUGCCCGGCCCAAGAUCCAAACGAGCCUGACGCGGGUGGAGGAGAGUGACGACGAAGGGGAAAAGCCUCCGAGAAUCCCGGCUACGCUCCCAACUGAGACCCUGGUGCCCCUGGCGAAUGCCGGGCGUGGCACAGGACAAAGGGAAGCAGCAGCGGGGCCCACUGGCCCGCAAGGGGGCUUGCGACGGGCGGAGAAUUGGGGAUUGCCACCACAGGGACCCCUACCGAGACGAGAGGAACUAAGGAUCGAGUUUGGGGGAGAGUCCUCUGAACUGGAUUUUUUCCUGACCACGGUGAGGGGCUAUAUGGAGGACAAUGCCCACACUUUUAGAACGGAAUCCAGCCGGGUACGGGCCAUUGGUGCAGUGUUGAAGAGGGGAGCGGCCAGCUGGUACGUUCAACUACACGCGCGGCGCGACCCAUGUCUGGGGUCACUCCGACGCUUUAUGGGGGCCCUGGAGACCCGUUUCCGAGAUCCACUGGAGCAGAUCCGGGCGAGGGAGGAGUUGAAGACCGUCUCCCAGGGGCAGAGGUCGGUAUCUGAGUAUGCGGAGGAGUUCCAAUGCCUCGCUGAAAAGGUGCCGGAAUGGUCUGCAGUGACAAAGAUAGAACUCUUCAAAGAGGGGCUCAGGCGGGAGAUCCUCUCCUGGGCGGUGCAUCGUGAUGAGCCUGACACACUGCGCGGAUGGAUUCAGCUGGCGGGGCGCAUCGAGACAUCGCUGGCCCAGGCGAGGAGGCACCGAGGAGGGCUACAGCAGCGGCCGCAGAUGAAAGAGGGGAGCCGGAAGGAGGGAUCAACCCCAGCCGGGAGGAGAACGGAGCCGACAGGGAACGUGAGCACCAGCAGGAGGGGCUGCUUCGUGUGCGGCCGUUUGGGCCACAGGGCUGCCGAGUGCUGGCAGAGAAAAGGGGAAGGCGGAGGCCCGCCCAAACCAAGAGCCGUGGCAGGGAAACGCGCCGAGGAAGAACCACCGAUGAGGCACCACUCGGGGGGGUUGGACGAAGGGGAGGAGGACGCCAUGUCAGAACCCUGCUACUAGAGCCUGGAUGUGGCUCUGAGUUUCAGGGUCACUGACAUUGAUAAGACACCUGCGUCCCAGGACUCGGAGGAGAAACGGCUGAUGGACUUGGCGGGGAAUUUGCGCGGGGUUUUACUGAGCGGGAAGAGACUGUUCAAAUGAGGGGGAGGGUAUAUAAAGGAGGGUUGGCCGGAGCCUCCCAUUCUUGGCUUUUCUGAUGUUCAUGUUUCCUACAGUAAAAGUUCCUGGUGAUACCACA